AUGCGCAUCAUCAACUCCAUGAAGACCCACUACAACGAUUGGCUGCUGCAGUAUCAAGCCAACAAGCCGGACCCCUACAAGUCCUUGCUUCAUCUGUUCCAAUCGUUCGCACACAGACACCGCUUCUCUCAACGUGUGGACUGUCAUUCCAAGCUUCCUGCAGUCGACAUGGUCAAGUACGACUGGCACAAUUUGCGCGACAUCAUCAACGUCACCGAGAAGGCCUUCCCAAUUCUGUUCAUCUUCCAUGGCACCCCGGGUGGACCCAUCGACCAAUGCGAGCUUCGUACGUACCCGUCAGGGCACCACUAUGCGGUGCAGAACAAAGGUUGGAUGAACAGUCGUGUGUGGCGUUUGUACCUCGACGUGCUGCCAUCGGGCCAAAUGUCAUCCUUGCAGACAACUUUUGACGCCCACGUGUCACAACAGUCGUCGGAUUCCAUCGUCCGUGUAGAGAGCUUUACAGACUAA